CACCUGUGGCGGACAGGUAAGCGAAGUGAAAGAGGGAACCAGAUUUGUACCGCGUGAUGUCACGAAACUGCGGAGAGAAAACACAACCCCAAGUUCGACAACGAAGUUGUUUGCCUGCCGCUAAUCGGAGGCGGCUCCAACGUACGACAACAGAGCGGUGAAUCACGCUCACUCGCUCGCUCGCACGCACACAGCUUGACAAGAGGCUACGAAGGGAAGGAAGUAGGAAGCCACCAGCCCACGAAAGAGGGCGAACUCCGUCCGGCACAGGGGCAGAGAGUUCGGCAAAAAGAAAGCCGCGAGUCCCCUGUGACCAUGGUGCCGAUGGCGGUGGUGGUGGCUGCGGUGGCGGUGGUGGUGGUUUCGGUGCCAUCGGCUGCUACAGCAACUGUGUCGAUGAUGCAGACAACCAAAGCCGGUGCGUGCCCUCAUGGAUUCUACCGGGCAGCAAGUGGUGACAUUUGCUGUCAGCAGUGCGAAGCAGGGGAGUAUUUAAUAUCGGACUGCACAGCUGAACAGGGACACUCCAGCUGUCAAGUCUGCGAUGGUGGCUAUUUUACGGAGUAUCCAAACAGCUCACCAAAAUGCUUUACGUGCACACCUUGUCAGCCCGAUGAGGAAGAGGAGCGGCAAUGCAGCGCAACCACAGACAGACGGUGCAGAUGCAAACCCGGCUAUCAUAAGCCUGUCGGCGAUACUUUCUGCAGGAAAGAAUCUGUUCCACCUGUGACAUCAAGUACCACCGCACCCCCUGACUCAGGAGGCAAUAGAGCGGGCAUUGCGGUGCCGGUGGUUCUGCUGCUUCUGAUUGUCGCUGCUGCUGCUGCUGUGUUCAUUUACAAGAAGAAACGGGGGAAAUUUCCAUGGGAAAAGGAGCGUGGUCACUAUGAUCAGCCCGACUUGACUGCAUCGCCUCUGCUUGAGAAUAACACACAACACCAUGAGGCUGGGCCAUCCACAGGUCAAGACGGGGAGCCGGGUAGCUCUGAUCAACAGGACCCGACUGCAUCGCCUCUGCUUGAGAAUGAAAACUCUGAGGAUGGACCUUUUGCAGACGCCUCCGGCUCCGCUGGGCAUCUGCUCGACGGAAAGCCGUCAGCCUCAGAGUCCGAUGCAGAUUCAUUGGAAUCGCAAACCACGACGCAGCCCGAUGGUCCCGAUGGAGGACAACACGGAGGGGUCGACCGCGGCGAACAGCCUAUGAAUAAUCCUCAAGAUGGCGUCACUCCCACCUCUGGCCGACGUCAAGACGACUCCGGCUCCGCUGGACGUCUGCUCGAUGGAAAGCCAUCAGCCUCAGAGUCCGAUGCGGAUCAAAGGGAAUCACAAACCACGACGCAGCCCGGUGGUCCCGAUGGAGACCAACGCGGUGCGGCCGACCCUAACGGACAUCGUCUGAAUGAUAAUGAAUAUGUCGAAGGGGAGCCUGGUAACUCUAAUCAGCAAGAAUCGACUCCAUUGGGCCUGCUUAAUUGGAAGGCCCCAAUCCCUGAGACUGGACGUUCUGCAGAAGGGGAGCCUGGUAACUCUAAUCAGCAAGAAUCGACUCCAUUGGGCCUGCUUAAUUGGAAGGCCCCAAUCCCUGAGACUGGACGUUCUGCAGAAGGGGAGCCUGGUAACUCUAAUCAGCAAGAAUCGGCUUCAUUGGGCCUGCUUAAAGAGAAGGCCCCAAUCCCUGAGACUGGACCUUCUGCAGAGGUUCGAGACAUGGACGAGUCAAUGGCUGCCAAGCUGAUCAGAGGGAAGAGGCCGGAACUGAAGACGUGGAUUGGCAGGGACCCCACGUACCUGCUCGACUACUUGGAGAGCAGGGGUUUGAUCUCUCGUGAGAAAUACAACGAGGCCAAAGACAUCAACGGGAAAGUGGAGCGUGCCAACUUUUUGAUCAACGAGCUCAUCGACAGGGACGAGUGCCUCAAGCUCUGGAGGGCUCUCGAAAGCCUACAGGACCCCUACCCCCAGCUGAAGGAGUGGAUCUCAGCCUGUGUGUCGACUACACAUCACGCUUGUGAAAAAGCUCCGGGACGUGACGCGAACGUUCAAUACAGCACCGCUCCUGCUGGCGAGGUGGCGACGAAAGAGAAGGCCUUCAGGAGACUGACCGCGUGCUCGGACGAGCAACUGCUCGAUGGCAUACAGAAAAAUAUGACGUCGCUGGUCGAGGCUAUCCAGGGAGAUGUGCAGCCGCUGUUGACGAAGCUGUUCGAGAAAGGGAUCUUCACAAUUGCCGAGAUGAAUGCUGUCUCGACCGCUCAAAAAAAUAAUGGUGGCUCUGAAGCUGCAUCUCAACUGAUAACGAUGCUGCUCCAUAAGGGUGACCGUGUGGCCAGAGAAUUCUGGAUGGCCCUCUCGAAUUUGAAGACAAACUAUCCGCGGAUGCACAAGAUCUUUGAGAAUGGAAUCUGAUCAUCGAGCCCGCUGCCUGAUAUCUGCAAGACGCUUCCUGGGGAUGUUGCGGCUCAAAUUUUAUAAACAACUAAAUUUUUGUUGUUGCUGUUAUUUGAUUUGCUGGGUGUAAGCCCACACAAUGAUAGAAGCUCUGUGUCUCUAUGGGUCUCUGUGGGUCUCUAUGGGUCUCUAUGUGUCUCUAUGGGUCUCUAUGGGUCUAUACAGAAAGAAGAAAUUAAGGAGAAACAUUAUCUUUACACUCACAAGAACAGAGCUGCUUAAUGUUAAACUUAAAGCUGAGGUCACCCCACCCUUUACCAGAGUGGCUAACGCCUGAGCACGAUCUCUGACGAGUCUUCGGAUGCUUUCAGAUGAGGUCAUGCAGAGUGUUACACCUCCCACCAAACUGCUCAAGUGUCCCUGAGGGUUUCAAGGGGCCAGCAAACCCUUGAACCCCCUACCUCUCAAUUGCUACAGGAAAACAAAGCCAAGACAAUCUCCUAACUUCACCAACACACACACACAUGCACAUUGUAGGGACUGAGUCUUUGAGCUGCAGUGAAAUGAUGAUUAUGCCGAUUAUAUGUACAGGGACUCCUCUACUAACAAAAAUUUAAGUUACGAACUUUCAGAGAUACGAACAAACCUGUCCGUAUGUCCAGUUGCCUGUUCGGACCGAGGGUCGUAAGGUUAACUGCCGCGCACUAAAUGGCGUUGGUGAUAUCUAAUUCUGUAGAACAUGAAGAACCAUUGGCAUCAUGAUCUACAGCAUAUUAUACAACUUUUAAAGCCAUUCCCCAUGUUUAGUGUAGAUGCCGUACAACAUGUUUGGAUUCGACAGAAUUCAAGUUGGGACUUACGAACAAAUCGACUUACGGACAGACAACAGCAGUGCUCUGAUUGGACAAAAAUUGCCGCGCUCCAUCCCGUGGGUGCAUAUAUACACAGUAGAACUCUUCUUAACAAGCACCCCUGUUAACGACUAAUCACUUAACGAUAGGCAUCUAUAGAGCCCAAUGUGUUCGCUUACCGACCAUUCCCCUGUUAACGACUGGCUAUUGUAGAUACAGGGAAGAUUAAUUGAUGCAUUGAUUAACCACAUUUCUUUUAAUGUUACGUGUUUAUGUCAGUAUCUUUAAGCAUUAAUAUCCGGUUUUUUUAUUACAAAGUACGUUUUUUGGGUGAAAAAGGGUAACUUUCGAUGCUGUUGGAACGAAUUAAGCCUUCAACGUCUUUCCUAUACUCGCUUAAUAACCAAAUCAAUUAACGCCCGGUUUUGUGGAACAAACUACCAUCGUCAAGGUGUUCUACUGUAUAACGUCAAACUGUGUGCCUAUAAUAGAGGUUUAUUUGGGGUUAGUUUUCCGCAAUCUAACCCCAAAAUAAAAACCAUCAUAGGGAAUAUUGGUCGUGUAAGCGCCUACCUACUACUACGGAUAAAACACACGGACUGUUUGUCAAAAUUUCGAUUUAAAGCUUUCGUGACUGCAGGGAUUCAUCUUCUUGGUUCUUUCGGUAAAGUCACGUAGAAGGGAAGUAAUAAAAUAAUAAAAAUAAAACAUAAUAAAAUCAAAUAAUUCUCACAGUGAGAAUUAUUAGAUUUUAUUAUGUUUUAUUAUUUUAUUACUUCCCUUCUACGUGACUUUACCGAAAGAACCAAGAAGAUGUUUGUCAAAAUGUUAACGGGUUUAGUCGGAAACGCACAGGGGGCGAGGGUGGUUCGGGUGUGGGGGAGGUUCCUAUGUGGAGGACAGAACGUUAACGUAGAAGAGAAACAACUCCCAGCUCUUGGCCAAGACCGCCAUUGUGCCACUGUACUGUACGUUUUUACGUUGCAUUUUAUUUUUUUGUUGUCAAUGCAUUGUUCCAACGUGGAAUUUUAAAAAUUAUGAAUGUUUUUUAAUAUAAUUAAGUACAAUUAAAAUAGUUAUGGGUGUUGUUCAUGAAUAAUUAUAAUCGAUUGAAAUUAAUGAUUGCAUUUGUAUUAAUUUGAUCGUAACGAAUAAUUAUGCACACAGAAUAGUUAUCAGGAGCGAUUUUGCGUGAGAUUAUCGUAAAGUAAUAGUUUUUACACGGUUUUAUGAAUUAAAGAUCAAUUCGUAGAUUAAAUUUAAACAAUGAACAGAUUCUCGCAUUAACCACAAGUUAUCAUUAUUUGAUUAAACUAAAACAAUUAAAAGA